AUGAGAAUCACAACGACAACUCCUAUGGGGGAGCCACUUGGGUCGGGAUCAUUUGGUACCGUAUACAAGCUCAAAGAUCUUCCUAUCGCCCGCAAAUGCAUACCACUUACUGAAGCUGGUCACGGCUUACCACCUGAGGCUAUACGAGAAAUCGCCUGUCUGCAGCGAUUGAAGAAAUAUGACUCGCGCGCUAGAAUCAACUGUAUUGACAUUCUCGGCAUCCAGAUAUCAAGAACGGCCAUAAUGAUUGACAUGGAGCUCAUGACCGGCGGAACUCUUGGCGACCUUUUGGACAGCUCGCAGCUACAGCCCGCGCUUCUCCUGUCCUACUCCGUACAGAUC